AUGGAGAAACUAGAGAACAACUGUGCGCCUCCGAAUGCAACCGCCACUGGUUUGCUUCGUCUUCCAUUUGAAAUACGCCUACAGAUCUACCAACACUGCAUUCCACAAAAGCGUGUUAUCAGUGUAAGCAGCCCUCAAUUCUAUAUCAAAUGGCCUUGCGAGAGAUCAAACCACACCGUGGACCUGGAAAAUACCCGGAUUUCUAGUGAUGACGGUUCAAAUUCUGAGGACGACACACUGAGCUCAGAGGGCGACGUGGUGAACUUGGAGGACUGCACCCUGGAUUUCGCGUGCCGUUAUUGGAAUCGAAACAAGAACACGAACACUAUCUUCCUACUGUCAAAGCAAAUUAGUGAGGAAGCUCUGGAUGUCCUAUACGGGUAUAAUAUCUUCAAGCUAUAUCUUCAAGGAGAAGGCGAAUAUUACGUGAAGAAGAAUUUCGCCGAGGCAAAUAGACAAAGGAUGCGACACUUGAUUCUUAUCGCAGGACCCAGUGGGAGUUCGUGCACGCCAGGGAAGAUACCAGACGAUGCACUAUGGUGUUCCCUUCUUCCACAAUUAACGGCAUUACGGAUCGUGGCAGAACAACCCCUAGAAGUUAGGUAUUCUUACAUCGCGCCCACGCUUCAUUAUUACAUCGCGCCCAUGCCUCAGCAGUAUGUGGAUUGUUGGAUCGAUUGGCUUCGGCCAUUUCUUCAAUGCUUUGGUCAGCACUUGGCAAUACAAACCAUUGUCGAAAUUGAUGUUGAUGGCCGGCCAGAGAUAGCAGCACUUGUUAAGGAAUGCUUACCGCCUGGCUAUCGGGAGAUACGAUGUCGUCCCGUUGGCGAUUUUAUCUUUAAAAGAGGGUGGUUCUCAAGAGCGACUGGGUAUUGGGACGAUGAGAUAGCCCUAUUAAUUCACGCGAUGCUGAGGGUGACUGGGGUUCAGAUCAAUUGUAAAUUAUCAAGUUGGCUACAGACGACGGAUUCGACUGAGAAGGAAGUGUAUAUGCUAAGAGCUUUGUAA